ACCUUAUGGUAUUACGGCCAAAAGAUUAAGAAAAAUUGGAGAUAAACACGCUUCUAGAGUUCAUGGUGGGCAAAAUCAAACUCCACAACAUCUUGAUUUUCUUACCAGAAUUGUAUUAAGACAUAAGAUAGAUCAUUUUGAUGCAGGAAAAAAUUAUGCUGAAG